UGUGCGAAGGUUAAAGAAAGCGUGCAGUUCAAAUUAUAAGAAGUCUUUUCAAAAAUUAUUAUUUAAUGCGAUAAUUUGACAAUUUCGUUGCCGUGAGUCGAUAUUAUGGACGUUUUCCUUUUGGAAAAAGGUGAUAAAGUGCUUCUGCUCGGCGAGGGCAAUUUCUCAUUCACCUGCGAACUAGUCAGGAUUCUAAAAGAGUCCUGUGGCUUUCAGGACUUUUCGGGCUUCUUUUCGACCUGCCUGGAAGACGAAGAGUCUUCGGCGAUCACAGCAGAAAACAAGGCGUUAUUGGAAAAAGAAGAUAUUUAUGUUCCAGGGGUCCGAGUACUGUACGGAGUCGAUGCCACAAAACUGUCCCAAAACAAACACCUGCAAAAUGGGAAUUUUCGCAAGGUCAUAUUCAAUUUCCCUCAUGUCGGCGGGAAAAUGAAGAUACAUUUGAACAGGCUCCUGCUUAAAGAGUUUUUCACAUGCGCCUCCGAUGAUGGCCUGUUGUCCCACGAGGGUGAAAUUCUUAUGAGCCUGUGCUCCGGCCAGGGCGGCACCGGGGCUGAAAAGAGGCAGCGUAGGUGGGACGACACAUGGCAAGUAACAGAAAUGGCCGCUUUUGGAAAUUUCUUACUGAAGCGAAUCGAAAACUUUCCCCACACACUUUUUCCAAGCUAUGUCUCAACCGGGUUCAGAAGUACUAUCAGGAGUUUCCACACAGAAGGAGCAUUGAUCCAUAUUUUUAAAAAGUCCAAUAAGGCUCUGCAAGAAGAAAUCGACUCCGAUGAAAUAUCCAACCUCCAUAAAUUCCACACCGUGAAUGACAUUGAAGUGACUUCUGAAUAUAAAAAUGUGAUUUUGAAAAACCCUUUUCAGAACCCUGAAAGUCCUCAGUCUUAUUUAUAUUCUAUAUUUGCACAUUGUGCUGAAAAAUUUGGUGUUAAUGUUAUUAACGAUCUUCCUAUGAGUGUCAACAAGGUUUCAACACACAUUGGACCGAUAUGUUUUCAAAAUAAAAAACCUCGAUUCUUAAGAAAAUCCUUAUUUGAAGUUUUAGAAAACGUUGUUGAAGUGAUCGCCUCGGGUAUAGUUUUUAAUGACAUUUCGUGUAUGUCUCAACCUCUUGCUGAUUGUGAGUUGUUGAUACACAGUAAAAACAUACAGGAAAUUGUUAAAGAAAGCAUAACAAUAAUAUCAAAUAAAUUUACUGCAACAAUAGAAGAUAUAACUUACUGUGUAUAUAACUCUCAUGAAUGUUGCUCAAUUAACAUUGACAAGUUAUGCUCUUAUUUAUACCAAGUCGACUCGCAUCAACUUUGGCUCGGAACUUGCCUGAAUAACAUUUUCAUUCCGUUAAGCAUUUUUCCGAAACAGUAUGAUUUCGAUGUCUCAUUCGGCUCAGAUCGAACAAUCGAUGAAAGAACAUUCCGCACCAUUUUAUACCGCCUCCCCUGUGGGAUAAUAUCUUCCAUUAGAUUAUUAUCCGUCUUCCACCCAGAAGAAAUUCAAAUGAUAUACUAUUGUUAUAGAAUCACUUACGUGUCUUACGAAUAUCCUCUACACAGAUUACGAGUCAUUAAAUAUAACUAUAACGUCUUGUGCAAAACAUUAGAAAAGUUCUUUAAAGUCAAUAUUAGAUAAUAUUAAUCCAAUAUGUAACUGUUUUAUAUUUAUUUUAUUGUAAAAGUAAACUGUAAAUAUUUUUACAUAAAU